AUGUUAUUUUUUAGUCAUAUAUUAGUUUUUACAAAUCUUAUACCAAUUGGACCAAAUAUUUUCUUAUGUUAUUUUCAAUCGGGUUGGUAUCUAAUGUUCAUGAGUUAUUAUUCACUUUUUAAAGAAACUGUUGCACCAUCAUUAAUGAUUAUUUUUGGAGUAUGGAGUGUGAAGAAUAUUCGAAAAGUACAUCGUAUUAAACCUACGAAUACAACAACUGCAAAUGAAACUAUAGAAGGUAGUGGAUCACAUUCAAAUUCUUCACGAGAUCGACAACUUGUCUCGAAUACUUAG